UUUAAUAUGGCAUUCAUCAGCUCCAAACUUCCUAUAAUUAAAUGCCACGUAAUAAAAUAAUUAUUUAGUUCUUACUAAACAAGGCUCACAAUAAACAUGAACACAAAGUAACCAUAACAAGAAAUAUAAGCUUUCAUUAAAACCACACUACACCACUUACAACAAUGUAGAAAGAAACAUUGAGUACAACUUAAUAAUUAACAAUGAACUACACACAACUAGAAGUAAUAGACACUUUUAUUACUAAAACAACAUAAUCCUCCUAAUACAUAGAAACACAACUAAGAUUAGACCACAAUUGCCUUGCUAAAACUUAAGCUUUCCUUUAAAAAUAACCACCAUAGGAAGCAUCACUUUCAGGAGAAUAUGAAGGACUGGAGUGGUGAUGGAUGUCACUGCACUUAAGAAUAGGUUGAGGGUUGUAGUUACUGGUUCCCUCUUUUGGUGUCUAUUCCUUUGGGCUGGCUUGCUUAUCUUCAUGCUCAAAGAGAUACCACAGCCUCUAAAUCUUCCACCUUUUUCUCUAAGGAACUCAGUUGUUCCUCCAUUGCUUCAUAGUUAGACUGAUUAGGAAUCCCAUAUCCACUACUAUGAUCCACCUUAUCUUUCCCCUUACUUGCCAUUGCUCUGACCUUGAAUAGAAAAAAUAGAGAUAGAAAUGAGAAUGGUAAAUGCAAAAAUGAUUUGUAAAAAUUUGGAAGCCUCACCUUCCUUUUAUACAUACCUAGGUAGCACUUCUUUGUCUAGGGGAUAAAACCAUGCACUAAUUAUAAAUAUUUAGGAACUCAUACAGUACUCUACUAUGUGCUUCAGCACUGCAUAGCACUCAACAAAAUUUAUUAUUACAAGUCACAUCAUUACAAAUUCCUUCUUAUAUUUUAUUUGAUUUAAUAAUUAAUGCAUGUAUACCAUAUAAUAUUACAGUUAUGCAGAUAUGUAAUGUUCACUAACACUGCAUAGAACUACACCAGAUUUGUUGUUAUCUAAUUUCAGUUCAAAUCACAAAACUAAUUGCAUCUGUAUGCUAUAGAUGAAACUUGAAUACACGCCUUUGAACAAACUGUCACCUAUAAGCAAGGCAUACAAAGUACGUGUCAAUUUGAAAGAAAAGUCUCCUAUCCGAGCUCCUCCGAACAAAAAAAGAUUUCAAAAAUUGGUUUUUGAAGUUUUUGAAGAUGAGGAGGGUAACAACAUGAAAGCUACUUUGUUUGGAGAUGAAUGUGACCACUUCAAAAAAGUCUUUGAACAUAAGAAAAAGUACGAGAUAGCUAAUGCUCCAGUGCGAACAAUUAACCCAAAGUUUAGUUCAUUCCCAGGAGAAUGCAAAUUAACAUUCGGAGGAAUGACUAAAAUUCAAGCUAUUGAUCGAACAGAGGGACCUGUUUUGCAUGAAUAUAUCUCUAUAGCUGAUGUACCAAGGACAAGUGGACCAUCACACCGGUUUGAUUUGCUUGGAAUAGUAGUCCACAUGGAAGAUAUCCGGCAAGUGGAAUACAAAUCAGGCAGAGUAGCCGAUGUGCGAGACAUCAUCAUAAUUGAUGAGAGCACUGGUUCUCGCCCACUAAUCAUCUCUGCAUGGGGACAAUUAGCUCUUUCUGACUGUGAGAAACUCAAAGACGACUGGACAUCUACUUUCUUGGUUGUUAGCUUAACUUCAUUGAAACCUGCUAGCCACAGAGGUACACUUUUCUCACCCUUUGCCACUGUAUAG